UAGCACCUAACGUCCCGUCGCGGGGAGAGCCAGGUGAAACGGACAAGAACCUACAGUAUCCCGGCAAAUCUGGAGAACUGAAGCGCGAAAAUGCGGCUAUUAAUUUUGUAUUUAGUUGUGAUACUGGUAGAAGCAGCAGCAGUAAACGGAUUCUUCAGCUGGAUCAUCGGUGGCGACAAGGCGCCUCAGCAAACAAAGGACUUUGUUCCAACAGAGGUGUCCUUUGAGCUGGCAUCAACAGACGAGAAAUUCCUUGCGGAAGUUAAGAAACUUUCUCUUGAAGAUUUCAACGACUCAGCCUUAGGCAACUGUCACAGUCGACUUGUGUUGAGUCUAAAACAGACGUGCGCGGGGCUUAGCCAGGAAGAAAUAGGAAAAGUAGCGGUUAAUCUUCUAAACUGCCAAAAUUUUAUUGAAAAACGCCGUCAAUUCCCAUGUACACCUUCAAUGUCGUUAGCGGAUUGCACUCGCGAUAUGGACGCUCCUUCGUGGACAGUUUACCAGCUCAUGUCAAACAGAGCUUUGGCUGUAUGUCACUCGGUCGCACAACACCUCUUUCGAGCUCGAACUGAACUGCUGAUCAAUCGUCUAGCGGAAGCUUCAGUCCAGCAUGUAGGACAAUUGCGCGAAAUGCACGAGUGGCACAAUAAAUUAAGGGACCUCCAAGCUAUGGCCGACGCUCGUAUGAGUUCUUUGUCAGCUCAGCACGACACAAUGGUAUAUAAUCAGGAAGCAUUAUUAAAGCGUCAGAAACAGUUAGAGCGAGCUCUACAAAGUAACACCAAAUAUUUGCUCGAAGAAAAAGAGCAGUUAGAAGUAAACUCGCACAGUUUGCUCAGUCUUACUAACGAAGUGAAGUCGCGUCUUGAUGCCACAGUUGAUGAAGUGAAACGCCAAGAAGAAUUAAUUCAUACUCAACGCAAUGAAAUGCAGAACACAAUAAAAAAAUAUGAGAACUCUAUACAAGCGAUGCUGGAAAAUCUAGAAAACCGGGGAGAAAUUGUGCUGGCAGUCCAAGACGAAACGUUUGCCCGAGUGCAGAAAAGCCUUGAAAGCGUUCAGCGAGUUAACGACUCGCUCGACACUAUUGGAACUCGUCUUCAAACAAUUCAAGAAGAUGUCUUUGGCUAUAUAGAAUGGAUUCAAUCGAAUCUUUUAGGCCGUUAUGAACUACUGUGGUCCUGUAUAGUCCACGGCCUUCUUAUGCUUGCCCUUAUGAGCCUUGCUGCCUUUUUGCGCUUUCCAAUACUUAGCCGACUAGUCAUUCUCAUCGCGGUUCCGGCAAACAUUUAUUUGACCCUCACUUCAGAAUUUCAUGUGUCACCAGUGGAAUUGUUGCUAGCCAUAGUAGCUAUCUGCAUAGUAGACGCGUUCAUUGAUGGGCUACGCUUCUCAAGGCUAAAACGACGGUCGGUUGCACGUGAUGAACUGCGCCAGUUGAUUGAUAUAAUCAAAAGCAUGGAACAGCGUAUUGAAGACCUUUCAGCAAAAUCUCCACACUCCCGAACGAACAGUUUUAACAUACCAGAAACUGGAAUUUCUCCUAGAGACACUUCAAACAACUGGCCACAGGUUUCCCUGAUGGAGGCAAAUUCUCCAGAACCGGACUGUGCUUCCUUAGCAGCGAGUGAUAUAUCUGGUACGUCAACUUUGAAUUCCCAUCUAGGAUUUUCAAGUUUGAGGCAGCGGUGCCAAGGCGUGAAUCGAGAUGGUUCGCAAUGCAAACGUUUUACAUCGUCUGUGCGUUGUGCAUCUCAUCGAAAGCAUUUGCUGUGAUAAGCCAAUAUAAAUAACA